AUAAGCUGUCUUCAAAAAAUUGUCAUGUUGCAGUAAUACUCGUAUCAGUAUAGUGUAGCUGUGGCAGCAGUGUCUCCACGCUUAGAACUCGCUAAAUCUUCAGUUUGGAGCCAUUAGCUGAUUUAUAACAAUCAACGGUGCGUUCCCAGAGCAAAUAACAAUAUUUACGACCGUACAUUUGAAAAAACAAAAUCAGCAUUAAUACGAGAUUCCACUAUGUGCCAUCAAAAAUGAUGCGCUCCAUUUUGGAGGCCUUUCGGGCUAAUCUUGCUGCUUUAGCGACAUGUUUCCGCGGGACUACGCGCAGUUCCAGUUUAGGCGAUGCGAAUUUCUGACGUAAUUUUUCGACGGCUUCUUGACAGUCAGACACCACCAGGACUCUAUCAAGCGCAUCCUGACAUUUCCUCAUACCAACCAGGAUACCGAGCAUGAUAGCCUUUUCUUUGACCUCAGUGACGGAAGUCGAGCUGGAUACAUCCAGGAGGGGUAAGGCAGUGUUGGCCGUAUCAUUCGGCCCCAGAUAAACGGCGAUACCGGCACGAGCGUCCCGGAAAAGACCAAAUGUUUUCAGAGAGCCGGUGGUUUGUACAGUGUACAACUGGAGAACGGCACUGGUGCGAUGGAGUUUAGCAAGUGGAAACGGGAACAAAGGAAACGGGACGGAUCGAUUGAUUGGUCUUGCGGCACUCGGUUCUAAGUCCAAAUACGUAAUAGUUCAGUCAAAGAUCAGACCCUGACUCAAACAAGCGCUUCCCUUUUCCCCAUGGUGCCCGGCAAGCAUCGCUUUAUCUCACGCAUUGGAUCCAGAUUAACGCGGCUGGGAGAACGUAUUUACGCAAUGUGACCAACAAAUUAGGCAAAAUUCCUUUUGAACCACCGCUUGUCUGACAACAAGAGCUAAUUAUUCUGUAAAGUUUAACGGCAACGAAGGUAUUUAACGGCAUCGGCAUAUAAACGCCGACAUGACGGUUUGGUUUCUGUCGAUCUUCCGAACACUCAGCGCACGAAGUCAUCAGCGGUUUUUCGGUUUUUUACACUUUUUAUUCCAUUCUCUUGUCAUGGAGAAAUUUAUCUUAUCCGUUACUCUGUUGUUGACCAUGCUGUCCUUCUCCGUUGCCCAACAAUUCCAGUUCAGCAAGGGCUGGACGCCAGGCAAGCGUAGCGGCCUCCCGCAACCCGGCCCUCCCAUAGCGGUGAUGCCGACUGGAGAAAACGCUUUAGUGGAUGCCAGUUUGUUCACCAAUACCAGACUGCAAAUGGACACCGAUGAGCUUUUGGGCUUGUGGGCCAUUCUGAAGCCCAAUAUCAUUGACCAGAAUAUGGGAAUUUCGGUGUUGCCGCCUUCAGGCAUUAAGGGAGACUUCAAAUCUAGGAUGUUGGCCCGGAAAUAGCUGGAUAAUGCGCUUGUCAUCAAUAAGUCCGCACUAUGUAGAAUGUUUAGACUUUUAAACUGCUAAGUUCUGUAUAUGUUAGCAUUAUAUUAAUAUUGCACUGUAUCUUUCAACAACUGCCCUGCUGCUGCUGUUAUUUGUCGAUGCUUCGGGAACGUGCGUAAUCAGAAUAAAUACCACCGGCUCAUCAAGUAUGUUCGAAU